UGCCCGACUCAGCACGUGGGAAUCCGCCGGUUAUCAACGAACACUUCUUCCACUAAGUUUUAUCCUCUUUCUCGUGUCUCUUCCAAGAACCAUGGCUACCGAAAGGGCGAAGAAAAACGAAUCGGAUUUGGCCGAGAUGUCACUCUCCGACUUCCUCAAGGGUGACGUCUCUCUGCCGGCGAUUCGAGAGGACUUCCACUUCCUCGCCAGGCCGGCCGCGCCCUUCGCUUAUCGGGAGAGAAGAGAACAAACCCGAGGGCGCGGCGGCUACAACAACAGCAGGGGGGGCGGGGGGCGUGGGAACCGACCAGCAGCGCCUACGAGACCCUGGAAGGAGGGCGUGCGGGCGGGCGUCAUGGUAGCACAUGAUCCCCCGCCCGUAAAACCGCUUCGGCAGAGGAAUACCUUGGUCUCUCAGAGCGAGUCGAUUCUCACCAUGGGACUGCACGAGGCUAAGAAGGUGAAGGAGAACGUCGGCAAAGCGGAGGGCGACGGCGACCUGGAGGCGGUGCUGACGAACGGCCAACAGCAGGAGGAAGUCAGCUUCGUCUACCGCCAGAAGAUGUCCCUUCCGGCCGGUCAGCAAUGUCAUUUCUUCCCCGUGGCUGAUCUUUUUGAAGUCCGACGCGAUACUGUACUCAAGCUGUUAGUGGGUCUACUGAAUGCCGGAGAGCGAGGGGUCGUGUAUAUGGGCGUGGCAGAGGAUGGCACUGUGCAUGGGAUCACUGCCGAUGCCCAGAUGGUGGCACAGUUCGUUCAUGGGAUCAUGAAUACUGUCAAGUUCUAUCUGAUGCCACGUCUUCAUGUUCCGCAGUACGGAGUCCGCUACACCAACGUGACGGCGAGCAGCGGCCAUAUCCUGAGUAACGUGUGGGUGGUGGAGCUCCAUGCUGUUCCGCAGAUGGUAAGGAGGGGGGGGGAUGUGUUGGGUUUAGCGGCGCGAAAUUAUCUUUUAUUUUUGGCGUGGAAAUUGGCGUUUGCUUUGUGCGGAUGGUUGAGUUUCGCGGUAGAGGUAGUGACUAAUGUUGAAGAUAAGGUAAACGUUUUGUUGUGUGUUUUGUAUGUGAACGGGUAUCAGUGGCUUUUGUUUUUGCUUAUGUAUAUGUACUGUAUUGUUCAAGUUAUUCAUGAAAAAUGGGAGUAAGUGUUUAAACUUACCUCGGGCAUUGUACCUUUGUUCAUCCAACACGUACAGUCAUUUAAUUAAUUUUCCUCUUCCUCCCUUUUUGCAAGUUUAAAAAACCUUCAUUAUGAUAAUGGCAAUGAUAAUUACGAUAACAAUAAUAAAGACAACAACAGAGA